AAGUCCUCUACUUUCGGCUAACGGUCCAGUGUGCCCUUACAUAUCUCUGAAGAGGGAAACCGAUGGAGAUAAUCAAAUAUUUUUAGAAAACUGUUGCAGAGAAAGGACCCGCUGCAAUAUGCCCGCACAGCACGACGAAGGGACGGAAUAAAAAGCUCUUGUUGUGUCUUGAAAAGUUCUGCCUGCCAGUUGUUUUAACCCAACUCGACUCUGAAUAAUACGCAGUGGCCGCUGGACCAGUUGCUGCGCGGCGCGAUGGCUGCUCAGUGCGACACUUUGAGCGGGUAUUUACAGCAGUCGGACCAGGGCUCCAACAGCGAGCGGAGCACAGACUCUCCUCUGCCCGGCUCCGAGGAGGACUUGAGCGGACCGCAUCCAUUACCCGACCCGGAGUGGAUGGAGGAGAGGUUUCGAGUGGACCGGAAGAAGCUGGAGGUCAUGUUACUGGCUGCCUCGGAGGGGAGAGUCAACGGCGGUGAGGAUUUCUUUCAGAAGAUCAUGGAUGAAACCCAAACACAGAUAGCCUGGCCGUCCAAACUGAAAAUAGGAGCCAAGUCCAAGAAAGAUCCACAUAUCAAGGUGUGUGGAAAAAGGGACAACGUAAGGGAAGCUAAAGAAAGAAUCAUGUCCGUCCUAGACACAAAGAGUAACAGGGUGACUCUGAAGAUGGACGUCUCUCACACUGAACACUCCCAUGUCAUCGGAAAAGGAGGAAACAACAUCAAGAGAGUGAUGGAGGAGACAGGCUGUCAUAUCCACUUCCCCGACUCCAACCGCAACAAUCAGGCAGAGAAAAGCAACCAGGUGUCCAUCGCAGGUCAGCCAGCGGGAGUGGAAGCAGCCCGGGUAAAAAUAAGGGAGCUCCUUCCACUGGUUUUGUCAUUUGAACUUCCAGCCAUCAUGCAGGCAGACCCCAGCUCGCCCACUGUCCAGCACAUCUCUCAAACCUACAACCUCACCGUGUCCUUCAAGCCCCCCACCCGCCUCUACAGAGCGACUGGAGUGGUACGCGGGUCACAGAAUAACGCCAAUGCAGUCAAGAGGGGCACUGCCCUGCUGCUGGAGCAUCUGGCUGGCAGCCUGGCGAGCACCAUCUCAGUCACCACACACCUGGACAUUGCACCCCAGCAUCACCUCUUCAUGAAGGGACGCAAUGGAAGCAACAUCAAGCACAUCACCCAGAGAACAGGGGCACAGAUCCACUUCCCUGACCCGAACAGCCCCCAGAAGAAGUCCACCGUCUACAUCCAGGGCACCAUCGAGUCUGUGUGUCUGGCACGCCAGUAUCUCAUGGGCUGCUUGCCGCUGGUCUUAAUGUUCGACAUAAAGGAAGAUAUUGAGGUGGAGCCACAGUGUAUCACAGCACUAAUGGAACAACUGGACGUAUUCAUCAGCAUAAAGCCCAAGCCAAAACAGCCAAGCAAGUCGGUGAUAGUGAAAAGUGUGGAGAGGAAUGCCGUGAACAUGUACGAAGCCCGGAAGUUCGUGCUAAGACUGGAAAGCAACGGAGUGUCUUGCUCAUCGCCCCCCAUGGCAGUAAACCCCGCCCCCAACGGCCCCUCCCCCUCCCUCAUCUGCCCUGUUGGCCUGGACAUCUUGGCCUCAGCUGGACUGGGGCUCAGCAAUCUGGGUUUUCUGAGUGCGGCUGCUCCUCACUCCCUCAGCAGUUCUCCCAAUGCGGUGCUCAACAGUUUAAACAGCUCCAUGAGUCCUCUGCAGACCCCCAGCCCCACCACCCCCGUGCACUCCCCCUCUAUGUGGCCAAGCUCUCUCACCAGCACCCAAGCCUUCUCAUCUCAGCUCAUGCUCCACCCGGCGACGCAGGCCACGCUCAGCAGUAUCCUAUUGUCAGGGGUGCAGGGCUACACCCAGAGCACUCCCUCCCCUCCACCCGGCCUCGCCCCCAUCGACAAACAGCCCAACGGGGUGCCUGACUGCUCCAAGGCCUGCACGCUCAACGGACACGUCAAACAUCCUAGCUCGGUAUACACAAGAAUAACAACUGCAUCACUUGCGGAAACUGUUUUGAGUCCCCCUCCGUGUGACCCCGUGCAGGAGGCCAGUGGACACAACCCCUCAGAGCCACUAUCAAGCAAGUCCAACCCAGACGAAGGCUCUGACACGUUUGUGGAGGUGGGCAUGCCCAGAAGCCCCUCUCACUCGGCCAAUGGGAGCGAGCUGAAGCAGAUGCUGGCAUCAUGUAAAACAUCAUCAGGGAAAAGGCAGGCCGUGGAGCUGCUGCAGGGAACAAAGAACUCACAUUUACAUUCAGAUUGCCUCCUGUCAGAUGCAGAGUCCAGUUCUUCAGACAGUCCAGUGGCGGAUAAGAAGGCACCAGGAAGUGAGCGCGCAGCUGAGAGAGCUGCCCAGCAGAAUGAGCGGGACAGAAUCCGACUGGCUCCGCAAUCUUCAUUUGCAAACAUGCAGGCUUUCGACUAUGAACAGAAAAAGCUGUUGGCAACCAAAGCGAUGUUGAAGAAGCCAGUGGUGACUGAGGUGCGGACUCCUACCAACACUUGGAGCGGACUGGGGUUUUCCAAGUCCAUGCCAGCAGAAACCAUCAAAGAACUGCGGAGGGCUAAUCACGUGUCCUACAAACCCAGCAUGAGCACUACAUAUGAGGGCUCUCCGCUGUCCUUAUCACGGUCCAACAGUCGUGAGGGCAUUGGAAGUGGCAGUGACUCAGAUAACUGGAGAGAGAGGAAUGGCACCGCUAAUGGGAUCGGUCACAAUGAGUUCUCCAGUGCUGUCAGUAGCCCCAAGAGGAAGCAGAACAAAUCUGCAACAGAGCAUUACCUGAGCAGCAGCAACUACAUGGAUUGCAUCUCCUCUGUAACCGGAAGCAACGGCUGCAGCCUCAACUGCUCCACGAAAGGCUCUGACCUGCCCGAACUUUUCAGCAAAUUAGGCUUGGGAAAAUACACAGAUGUUUUCCAGCAACAAGAGAUUGAUCUUCAGACGUUUUUGACACUAACAGACCAGGACCUGAAAGAACUGGGGAUCACUACUUUUGGAGCGCGGAGGAAAAUGCUGCUUGCUAUUUCAGAAUUGAACAAAAACCGGAGGAAGCUGUUUGAGCCUCCCAUCCGGUCCUCGUUCCUGGAGGGAGGGGCGAGUGGACGUCUGUCUCGCCAGUUUCACGACAUGGCCAGUGUCAGUGGGCGCUGGUAGACUCUACGCCAACAUGAACCGUCCAGUAGGAAGACCAGGACCCACAGUGCCUCUACCGUCCAAGCUCUAACUCCCGCCCACCAGCUGUUUACCCAAGGGCUCUUAGUAUUGUUACCAUAUAGUAUAAUUAUAAAACAAGCCAUAGCUUUAAAUGAAGU